AAUAAACCCCAAGCCAACGGCUCAACACAACCUCCGUUUCUCUCUCUAACAGAUCACAUCAUAUUCAAUAAUAUCGUAUCGCAUCGCAUCGCAUCCAAAGCCUCCCCCAGUCGAGUAGUCUCUCCCCAUCCCCUCCUCUCUUUCACUCGAACCCUCAACUGGAUUCGCAUCCUCUCUCCCCCCCAGCUUCCAUCAGAUCAGAAAUCUGAUUGAUUCUCUUCACCAUGGCCAAAGACCGAGAAAGGAGGAUGUAUGUGGGAGUCAUUUUUAACUAUGCUGCAGAGCUCAAGCUCUUCCUUUCUGCUCUCCUCCUCCUCUGUGCUCUCGCUACUCUCCUUCAGUUUCUUCCUUCUCGUUUCACCCUCUCCAUCUCCGAUCUCCGUUCCUGCUCCGCCACCCAAGAUUCCCUCCCGCGUCCUCUCCCCACACUCCAUUCUUCCAUUCCCCCUCCCACACCCACCCUUUCCCCUCCCCCUCCCCACAGAUCACCUUCUUCCAAUGGGGUUCUCAGGCGCGCUUUUCACCCUUACGGUGCCGCCGCUUAUAACUUCAUCACCAUGGGUGCUUACAGAGGCGGCCUCCACAACUUUGCCAUUGUCGGUUUAGCCUCCAAGCCUCUUCACGUCUUUGGACAUCCGACCUACCAAUGCCAGUGGAUUCCUCGCCUCCACCCCUCCAAUCCCAUCAACGCUUCCGCCUACAAGAUCCUUCCCGAUUGGGGCUAUGGUCGUGUAUACACCGUCGUCGUCGUCAAUUGCACUUUCUCUCAACCUGUUAAUGCUGACAACCAGGGUGGAAAAUUGCUCCUCUAUGCCUCUACUUCCGGCGGCGGCGACCGCAACGUCAACCUCACCGACACCAUUGAGGUGCUAACAGAAAGUCCCGGAGGAAUGAACGCUUCCCUUUUCACAUCGAGGCCCAAAUACGACUACCUGUACUGUGGGUCGUCCCUGUACGGGAAUCUGAGCCCCCAGAGGGUGAGAGAGUGGCUGGCGUACCAUAUCAGGCUGUUCGGGGUCAGAUCCCACUUCGUAAUACACGAUGCGGGUGGGGUUCACGAGGAGGUGCUCCAAGUUUUGAAGCCAUGGAUGGAGUUGGGUUAUGUAACAUUGCAGGACAUCAGGGAGGAGGAGAGGUUCGAUGGAUACUAUCACAACCAAUUCAUGGUGGUGAAUGACUGUUUGCAUCGCUACAAGUUUAUGGCUAAGUGGAUGUUCUUCUUCGACAUUGACGAGUUCAUCUACGUGCCGCCGAAGAGCACCAUAAAAUCGGUUCUGGAUUCGCUUUCAGACUACUCCCAGUUUACAAUAGAGCAGAUGCCCAUGAACAGCAAGACGUGUCUGAGCGAAGAUGCGGGGAGAACGUACAGGAAGUGGGGGUUUGAGAAGUUGGUAUACAAAGAUGUGAAGAGGGGAAUAAGGAGGGACCGGAAGUACGCAGUGCAGCCGCGGAGAGUGUAUGCGACGGGGGUUCACAUGUCGGAGAAUGUAGAUGGGAAGACCACACACAAGACGGAGGGCAUCAUCAAAUACUUCCACUACCAUGGUACCAUUGCCCAGCGAAGGGAGCCCUGCCGCACCCUUUCCAAUCUAACCCAGUUCACUGUCGACGACACCCCCUUUCUCUUGGACACCACCAUGCGCCUCGUCGCUCCUGCCGUCAAGAGGUUCGAGCUCAAAAUGAUCGGUAACAGGUUACAGUCCACGCGCCAAUAAUCAACCACAACCGUUCAUUUUCAUUCUCAUUUCUCCUAUUCUCCGCUUUCCUUUCUUUCAUUAUAAUUAUAAAAUACACUACAUAUAUUUUGGGGGCAAGGGCACGCCCAGCACUGGUAGAAGAGGGAGGGAUUGGGUUUUUUUUUGUUUUUUUUUAAUUUGUUAGCCACUUGUUGUAAUUAUUUUAUUUACUCUCUUUUUUUUUUGUGCUUAUAUUAUUACAUUUUUACAUCACAAAUAAAAACACACAAUUUAUGACCCU